GAGACGUUUGACAUUAUAAACACAUUCUAUUUCUUGUGCGCUAACGCUGACGGCAUUCGUCUGAUCUGUGAGUUUUCCACUGCGCCUCUGUAAUUCAACAUCCAUUCUAACUCAAUGCAGUAAACACCCCAUCUCAUCGCCUUCUAUCAUCAUCAUCAUUGUUGGAACGGGAAGACUGAAAGACAUAAUUAAAGAGAAGAAAGAAAAAAGAACCCUUCCAAUAUCAACAAAACCACCACUACCAUGGGAGGAACAUACGACACCCCCUCCGUAGACGUCGACUUCGCCAAACACCCCACGGCCCAGAAGCUCCUGCAACGAUGUCAAGACUUCUUCUCCGAGGUCGAGAACUUAACCCCAGGGAAACCCCUAGAAACCUACCUCAACGCCAACUACGGCCCGGGAACCCCCAUCUACGACGACCUGUGCGCGCUGACGCGCCAGGGCGUCGAGGAGGGCUGGGCCGCCAACAUCGAGGUCGACGGCCGGCACUACCGGCGGUCCAAGGUCGCGGUGCCGAAGGAGGAGACGAGGUUCUUUAGCAUCACGACGGUGUACAUGGAAAGUGAUGAGGUGUUUAAGGGUCAGUAUCAUAAGCAUCCGUAUGGCGAGAUCAAUUGCGUGGUGCAGAUUGAUGAGACGGCCGAGUUGAUGGGCAUGUCUGGGUGGCAGGGCGCCGGGUGGACGAGUCCUGGGGCGGGGACGCAUCACUACCCUCAAGUCAGAGGUGGGGCACUUGUCGCCCUGUUUUUCUUGCCAGCAGGGAGGAUUAGCUACGCAGCUCAACCCGAAGAUCCACAGCCUGUAUCUAUCUGA